AUGCCAGCUGACUACGAAUCCGCAGCGAGAGCACUCUCUCUCUCGCCGAACCCCCCGUCCUCCCCCUCCGAAGCCCACGCCGACGUCCGCCCGCCAUGGAUCCGCAACGUUGGUGGCAACUCGUCCUCCUCGAGAACAACAACCACCCGCCGCAUGUCCGCGGCGCGCUUCGGCCGCGGCGGCCAGUUCGCUUCCAGGAAAACCACGGCGCUAUCGGGCGUCAACCGUGUGGUGCGUUCCGCGGUUAAGGCCGGCAACCGCCUCUGGGGCAUGUACCUCGGCCUCAGCCCCGUGCAGCGCGUCGCCGUCGCCGUGUUCCUCCUGGUCGUCAACGUCCUGGGAUUGCUGUUCCUCAUCUACUCGCACGCAAUCUUCAAGUGGCUGGCGCCCGUGUCCCAAAAGUGGCGCGCGCUGCCUUUCGGAUGGCUCAUCAUUUGGGCCUUCACCUUCAUGACAGCCUUCCCGCCAAUGAUCGGCUAUAGCACAGCCGUCUCGGUGUCCGGCUUCGUCUUCGGGUUUCCCUUGGGAUACCCCAUCGUCGCGACGGCCACAGUCGCGGGCAGCCUGACGGCGUUCUACACGAGCAGGGGCAUCUUUAGCGGUUACGUGCACAAGCUCGUCGGACAGGAUCAUCGGUUCAUUGCGCUGGGUCAGGUGCUGAGGAAGGAUGGGAUCGGGAUGUUGACGGCUGUGCGUUUCUGUCCGUUGCCGUACAGCUUGUCCAAUGGGUUUCUGUCCACGAUCCCUUCCAUCAAGCCAUGGACGUUUGCCGUCUCCACCGCCCUUGCCAGUCCAAAGCUUCUCGUCCACGUCUUCAUCGGCAGCCGCAUCGCCCUCAUUGCCGAAAAGGGAGACGAGAUGACGGCCGGCGGUAAGGCGAUCAACUACAUCUCCAUGAUCUUCGGGGCCACCGUCGGUCUCGUUGUCGGUUGGCUCAUCUACCAACGCACCAUGGCCCGCGCCGCCGAGCUGGCCCUGGAGCAGGCCGAGGCCGAGGGCGGUCUCGUACCCGGCCAGGACGCGCCCGACUAUUCGGAUAUUGAGGCCGGGCUUGUGGACCCAGAGGAUGUGGCGGCGCUAAUGGACGAUGAUGACAUUUCGCUAUGGGCGCGCGAGGCCGAUGAGGAAGGUGGGUAUUACGAUGAUGAUGACGAAAACGAGGGCAAUGGACAGAAAGCCGGGCGUGAGGGCCCCGUGAAUCCGGUUGAUGACGAUCAUAACGGAAACGGGGGCGGUUUCAAGGAUUCGGAUUAG